UUUAACUUUUCUUUAUUAUUUUAAUAUUUAAAAAAUAUUAAAUGAUUUUUUUUAGUUUUUAAUAAUUUUUUAAUAGAAAGUGGACCUUAAAUCAAGUCACGUCAGCAUUUAACUGAUAAAUUAACGGCAGGUUAACGGAAGGUAUAAUAUUGGCACAAAUUUGUAAAAUAAGGUAUGACAUUAUCAUAAGAUGAUUUAUGAAAAUGUCGUAACACCAAUACUUAAGAUAGUCUUUUGUACUUUACCCAAAAAAAUUUGGAAUUUGAAAAGCGGGGAAAAAGACUAGUUAUUGAACGCUGCCCAGCGCGUGUUUGCCCUUUUCUGAAAAGAUAGCAUGCAACUCAUACCUCCUCUGACACAGUCCUGCGGAAAAUAAGGGCUGGGACCCACCCUCGCUUUCCCUUUCCCCACGUAUCUCAAAUUUCUCCCCACCCACAAUAUAAAGGGGACCCCCACUCCUUGUGUGGGGUCAAUCGAAUCCCAUCAAGUUCUCAAAACCCUAAUUUAACACUCUCUACUCCAAACCCUAAAACCACCAUCGCCACCGCCAUGGCCUCCGAGAUGGCCCUCCAGCCACUCCACAAACUCGAAGACCGAAAGCCAACCGUCUUGCCCACCGCCGUUCUUACUUCCGCCACCAUCCAAACGGCGCCGUCGCUCCCCUCCCAACUAUCCGACCUCCAACUCCAGGCGCAGCCCAAGCCCCAGAAACAGGUCAGCCGGCGGAACACUAGGGACCGCCAUACAAAAGUCAAUGGACGGGGCCGCCGCGUCCGGAUGCCGGCCAUGUGCGCCGCCCGCAUCUUCCAGCUGACCCGGGAGCUCGGACACCGCUCCGACGGCGAGACCAUCGAGUGGCUCCUCCGCCACGCCGAGCCCUCCAUCAUCGCUGCCACCGGCUCCGGCACACUCCCGGCGGAGCCGAUCUCGACCACCUCCCCGUCCGUGUCGUCACAAAUGCCGUCCGUCACUUGCCGGGUUCAGCCGCUCAAGUCGCUCAGAAGCUCCGGACAGUUCUUGUACCCGGCGGCGGCCCAGGCUCAUCAGGCGAUGCAGCUGCAGCUGGACUUGUGCCAGCCGAUGGGGGUGGACUAUAAUGCGGGAUACCGGCACAUGCCGUUCACGUCGCUGCUGCUGCAGACGGGGGAGAGUGAGGUGGAGGAGGGGCAGGCGGAGGAGGAGGUUGUGGGAGUUGGAAUUGGGGAUGAUGAGUAGACAAGGACAAUGUGGGUGUGCUGAGUAGGUGCGGUGGGUGUGUAUAUCAAAAGCAGAGGGUGCAGGAAACAGUGGGGGGCGGUAGCAGCCAUGUGUAACGGAGGUGGUGGGGGGAGACAGUUUAGUCAACAUGGGGAUGGGGGGUGUGUUUUGGUGUAGAGGGGGAGUUGUGUUAGUGGUUUUUGUGGUUUAGAUUUAAUUACGUUGUAGUUCAUCAAUGGUUGUGUGGUAAAUUAGUAAUUAAGUAGUGAUGAGGGUGGAAAUUUAAGUUGUAUAUGUUCAACUAAAAUGGAAUAAAAUGAGGAUGUCAUUUGGAUUAAA